UGUGUUGCAGUGUGUGUGUUGUGUUGCAGAGUGUGUGUGUUGCUGCGUGUGUGUGUGCGGGUUAGGGUUGGGUGUGAUUUUGGUACCAUUUUUCUAGGCAAGUGGGACCUGGAGUCUCUACCAGAUGUCAACAGCUGGAAUGAUGAGUGAACGGGGGGGUUCAGGUUGUUCAGGUGUUGAAGUUGUAGCUGCUCGUUCUUGGAACAGAAAAGCAUUUCUAAAUCUCUGCAGAUCUUCAUUCACAAAAGUUGUGAAGUUUCCCUCAGUGAUCCAGUGACAGGAAGUGAUCACAGCUGAUUCAGCUGCUUUUAACGGGAAGAAUCUGACUAAGAGUGAACAUCAUUCUUCGGUCUUCACUAGGCCCACGCUCUGAAACACGCCUGAAUCAUUGAAUGACUGCAUGAGGCCGGACAGGUGAGUUUCUGUUGGAGAAGUUUACAGCUUCACAGGAAGAAGAACAAAGAUCACAGUGAAACUAAAACAAUAAGAAGUUCAAAUAAACAUGAAAAUAAGAAGAUAAAACCCCUCCAUGAUGUGUCCUGCUUCUGCUUUACAUGUUCCUAUCACAGCGUUUCUCUUUGCAUGUCACAUAAAUACCUGGUAAUAUGGUAUAAAGGUCUUUUUAUACUAACUUUUAUAUUCUCUUAUUAUUGAUCUGCAUUCUUAUAAAUGAUCUCAGUAACUUGUCAUUAUAAUAUUAAAUAGUGUCGUUCUUAGGAUGACACCUGUAUUAAUGUGCACUGUCCCAAUAAAUGAAAUUUAAACUGAUCAAUAAAUAAAGUAAGAAAUAAAUUACAAUUGAAAUAGAGAAGUAAAAAGGAAGGUCUCGGCUUCUGUACCUGGACCAGGUGUUCCUUCUGUGCAGAUCAACAUAUUCCUGUUAGCUGUUACUUUCAUUGUAACUCCCUCCUGCUCGUGAACAAGCGUCGACUCACCUGUCAAAUACCUGAGGGAAACAUGCGUUUCCCAGCACGAGAGAAAAAGCACCAAAUUACGUAAUUCUGUACGACAGACACGUGACCCGGCGUCCCUUUAACAGCCUUAGAGGAAACUCCAUAUAUGGUGAGAAAGGUGUGGCUGCAACUUUACAGCUGUGCAGGGACAGGUUAGAGGUGGACGCAGAGCAGAGACAGACAGAACAGCAGUGCUGCAGUGGAGAGGACGGAUGGAUCACAGAGGGGAGUGUAACAGAGCGCUGGUGGUGUCUGUCGCAGAGUUUGACCCCGGGGUGCAGCUGGGGAGGCGGCCGGGCGCCGGGAAGGACGCCAAGAGACUUCACCGCACCCUCAGCAAACUGGGCUUCAAGGUGGACAUCCACACUGACCUGAGGAGCGAGGAGAUCUACCAGCUGUUUCAGAGAGAGAGCAGGCGUCCUGUGAAGGAUUGUUUUCUGGCCGUGCUGUCGUCUCACGGGGAGGAGGGCUGCGUGUUCGGCGCUGACGGGGAACUUGUCCGACUGUCUCGUCUCUUCGCGUUCUUCGACAACAGGUGUAUGGAGGAGAAGUCCAAACUGUUCCUGGUACAGGCGUGUCGGGGACACGGUCUGGACGACGGCGUGGAGGUGGAUUCUGUCGAGGACGCCCCAGAGAGCAGCUUCUUCUCACAGCAUCCCGCCGUCCCUGUAGAUACAGCUGUGAUGUACGCCACAGCGCCAGGUUACGGAGCUUUCAUGCACCCACUGGGAUCAGUCUUCCUCCAGACCUUCUGCUCUUUAUUAGAGAAAGAAGGAAACCGCAACCUGGAGCUGACUCGCCUCAUGACCCGCCUGUCCCACAGCGUGGCCUACACCUUCCAGGCCAAAGGUCGAGCUCUGGGUGGGAAGAAGGAAAUGCCGUGCCUGCUGACACGCCUGACCAGGGAGGUGUUCCCGUUCGCAGAGCCGGGGAAGGACGGCGGGUCCGCGGGGCUUUCAGCCACGUCACUGGUUGGCUCCAAAAACACCAGAACACGAACUCCUUCCAUCAGUUAGAGAACCAGACUGUAGGUGACCUCAGCCCAGAGUACCAACAAGAAUUAUCACCAGGAAUGGAAAUGAUCACAAAAACUUUCCUGUUUUUUUCCACACACUGACUUUCUGCAGAAAAUCCAAAGAAGAAAUCCAAGAAAUGUUUUCUAAUAUUGUACAUACCUGUAGUGUAGAUUUUCAUGUAUGUAAAUGUCCCAUUUUAUUGAUUUUACUGAUGUAUUUUAAUAAACAAUAACUCAACUAACUUUGAAUGGAA